AUAUCAUGUGCCAUAGUCAUAUGUGGUCAAUGGUCAAUCAUAUAAAGUGAAAAGUUAUAAGUCAGAGAGACAAUUGGAUCAUUCCUCGAUUCAUCAAGCUCUGGCACUACAGGCAGUGAUGAGGAUAGUAUUCAAGAGGACUGUACUAUUCCAAAAAUAAUCAGUCGAUUAUUUACGUCAUUCUGAAGAAACAGACUUGAGAGUAAAUUUUUUAAAAAAUCGACUUGCGUAAUACCGUGAAGCUUUGUAUAUCUGAUUUGCUGGAAAUUUAUUCAAUUUAAAUUAACAUAAUUUGUCAUUUUUUGAAUCUUUCACGAGAAAGUGUACAGGAUAAAUUUUAUAUUGAUGGGGUAAUCUAGUUGAUGAAAUGAAAAUGAGUUUUAAUUAUCAGUAAAGAUGUACAUUCAUACGGUAUUAUGACUUGAUGUUUAUGUAAUUUACUGAUCUGGUUUUGUUAUUAUUUCUGGUGGGACAUUAGGCGUUACCGAAAUCAAAACAGUGAAGGUAGAGGUGAAUCGUUUUACCAAUGUAGGUGUGAAAUGAAAUAAAUGAAAAUUAUGCGAUUUGUAAAUAUCGUUAUUACGUCAAUAAGAUGUUUGGUCAAUGUUGUGGUGGGGAUGCAGCACGUGAGCUGAUGCUCGUGCAUCUAUUUGAGAGCUGAACGCUUUUUUUGUAAUUCUCAAUCGAAUUCACUAUAGGAAACAGUAAUAAGUAAUACGUAACUUCAAAGGAAGUACCUGCGUAGUGGCUUUUUGGAUUCAUUGUGCAUAAACGUAAAGGCUGGUGCCGGAGGCAUGGGUUUUCCAAAAUAUGGAGGAGUCGGAGGUCGAGGUGGUCAUGUUUAUGUGGUUUCGACAACAGGAGUGUCUUUAAAUAUUUUAUCAGCAAGAGUAAAAAAAAAUAAAAUAUGUGCUGGCGUGGGUGGGAACAGUUCAGUCAAAGGAAUCAUAGGUCAACCAGGUACAGACUUAGAAAUUCCAGUUCCACCAGGAGUAGUUGUUUAUACUGAAGAAGGGAUUCGAUUGGGAGAGGUGGAUAAGCCUGGAUCCAAGUUAAUUGUUGCAAAGGGUGGUAUAGGUGGCUGCCCUGAAACAGGCUUUAGUGGACAAAAAGGAGAUCACUAUAAUAUUGUAUUGGAUCUGAAGUUAAUAGCAGAUGUGGCUCUGGUUGGUUUUCCAAAUGCUGGAAAAAGCACAUUACUGAGUGCUAUUUCUAAGGCUAGCCCUAAAGUGGCAGAUUACCCAUUCACAACAGUAAGACCGCACUUAGGUACAGUGCAAUAUGAAGAUUUGAGACACAUUUCUGUAGCAGAUUUACCAGGGUUGAUAGAAGGAGCGCAUGUGAAUAUUGGAAUGGGUCAUAAGUUCCUUAAACAUGUUGAGAGAACAAAAUUACUUAUGUUCGUCGUCGACAUUCAAGGUUUUCGACUUUCACAAUUACAUACUAUGAGAAAUUGUUUGGAGACAAUAGUUUUGUUGAACAAAGAACUAGAACUUUACAAGCCUGAUCUACUGGACAUGCCAGCAAUAUUACUGAUAAAUAAAAUGGAUACAGAAAAUGCAAAAGACAUAUAUCGUGAUAUAAAACCGAUGCUUGAAAAUUUGCCAAAAUUCGUAUCACAAUGUCCAGACAAAUUCAAACCUGAGAAAGUCAUGAAAUUCAAUGACAUUUUAACAGCAUCUGUGGCUUUAAAGAAUAAAGAGGAAUUGCACACGAUUAAGGAGUGUAUACGAUAUCAAAUAGACAAAACAGUAGAGAAACAAAUUUUGGAAAUACAGGAUGAUUUUACAGAUCGCAAAUUAAUAGAAAAAUUACAAAAAGAAAACAGGAGGCACGCACCUACUCUUUUGUAAAAAUCAGAAUAUUCGUCUCAUUUAAAUGUAAUAUAAUUAUUUAAUAAAAUAGAUUUGUUAACUAUUC